UUUCAGUCUGUGACCGGUGCUAAAUGGGAGAGAGUUGUCUCAAGUUCAUUUUUUAUAUAUUUCUAAGAAUAUAAAAUAAGUACAAUACAAAGUAAAGCGUAUCAUUCUUCACCCUAUUGCAUUGGCUUAUACAAGAUGAUAAUGAUAGAUAUUUACGACAUGGCGGGCUGGUGGACGUUAAUAAUGGCCCUGCAAGUGGUAGCAAUCUCAAUGUACUUCUUCUGGUCUAAAAGGAAGACGAAAACGUAUGAUCCUCUGUGCAAUGGCAAAGCUAUAAACUGGAAGCCUGUACCUAUUGUGGAGCACGAUGUGACUGUUGAAGAGCCUCCUUUGAUGGGUAAAAUAGAUGAUAAUGUUCUUAAUGUUGGCGCGUCGAGUUUCCUUUGCCUGCACAAAGAGGAAUCUAUCACAGAGGAUGCACUGAAGUCGCUUGAGAAAUAUGGCGUGGGAUCCUGUGGUCCGCGAGGGUUCUACGGUACGAUAGACGUACAUUUAGAGUUGGAAGAGCGACUGGCGAACUUCCUGGAAGUUGAGGAAACCUGUGUGUACUCUUAUGGGUUCUCCACAGUGGCCAGUGCCAUCCCAUCCUAUGCUAAGAAGAGGGAUAUUAUAUUUGCUGAUGAAUGUGUAUGGUUUGCAAUCCAGAAAGGCAUUGAUGCAUCCCGCAGUACCGUUCGUUACUUCAAACACAAUAAUGCAGACCAUCUUGAAGAAAUGUUGGCUGAAGCAAAAAGAAAGAAUGAGUUGAAUUCGAGGAGACGGGCUUUCCUUAUUGCUGAGGCUAUAUAUUUUAAUACAGGAGAGAUGUGCCCAUUGAAGAGACUGGUACAACUUGCAAGGAAGUACAAACUGAGGAUCAUUCUGGAUGAGAGCUUAACUAUUGGUGUGCUAGGUAAACACGGGCGAGGUAUAACAGAAUAUCUAGACAUUCCUCGUGACGAGAUCGAUCUCAUCGUGGGCUCGCUGGAGCACUCGUUCGCGACGGUCGGCGGCUUCUGCGCCGGCACGCACUUCAUCGUCGAACACCAGAGACUGUCUGGACUAGGAUAUUGCUUUAGUGCGUCGUUACCGCCUAUGCUGACCCAGGCAGCCAUCUCAGCCCUAGACAUCAUAGAAUCUAUACCGAACAUCAUUGAAGAACUCAACGAAAACUCUAAGAAACUCUCCAAAUCACUAUCUCAACUGAAGUAUUUCACGUUCCGCGGCGACGAUAUCUCGCCAAUCAAACACGUUUACCUCAAGAAGGACGACCUGACUGACAGACUGAAACACACCUACCUCCGCAACAUAACCAACUAUUGUAUGGAAAAGGGCGUCGCCAUGACAGUCGCGGCUUACUUACGUGAUGUCGAAAUAAACUGUCCGGAACCUUCCAUACGUCUAGCUUGUAGCACGAAACUAACAGACGACACUAUAAGCUUAAUCUGCUCUUUAUUAGAUGAGGCUUACGAGAAGGUAGGUCCGAAACCAGAACUACAGGCUGUAUAGAUACGUACCUUUGCGUUAUAUUUAUAGUCUAUGGUCUAAUGGCGGGAAGUACAAUUUUUUGUUGUCUACCUGAGAUUAUUUUAUUUUCUGUUUAUUUUUCAAGCAUUUAAACACUGACCAGUGCUAGUGUAUUAUCGAUAAAGUUACUUAAAUUUGUCGACGUUUUGGUGACGGUAAGAUGCAUUUAUUUUUGUCGUUACUGUUAUUAUGAAUAAACAAUGCCAAAUUAUUGUUAUCUCGUAAAUGCAAUAUACUGCUUACAUAAACAAUUGAUUAAUUAUUUAAUCGAUUGUUUUUCUUUGUCUAAGUACCUUGGUACUAAGCAUACUUACUGUAAGAGCGAACGCUCAUUGAAGACAUAACAAUUGUUUUACUUGUCGCCGUGCCUUAAGUUCAAAGACAGAUUCUUAUGUACAACAAUGUAGCUGUGAGCGUCGCAUUUGCAUCGCACAUGGUUGAUGUACAUCCUAGUUUGUGCGUGACCUAAACAUAGCAGUGGUUUUCCCUUCACCAUUUUUAUCAAGUGAUUAUCAAAUACUUUUGUAUGGCGCAUUUGUUACAAGUGUUAGUGUCAAAUAUGUAUUUUGUAGAAGCAAGGCAGAACAGUUAUGGUCUCCAAUGAGCGCUAGCCCUAAGUUGUGUAGUAUCGGG